UUGGUUUAACCAGUGCCAGUUGGAGCAACACUCAAAGCCUCACCUGCUUUUAAUAAUGUCCAGAUAAACAUGUAAGAGCUAUAAAACCACGGAGUUCACGGACUGCAAAACUGUUUGUCUCGUUUUUUUUUAUUUUUUUAUUUUUGGAAACGGUGCAUGUGGCCAGACGUACUGCGCGUAUGUUGCGCUUUGAAGUUGUUUCCAUGUUUUAAGACGUAUCAGAAAAGACUUUUGCGUGUGUUUCGAGCAGCCCCGCAGAAGCGGCCGCAAGGACAACGCGUUCAGGCUCGCAGGAGCUCGCGGCGCCCUCCUCGGGCCCUCUCGCCGUCCGAUUGGCUGAGGCUGAGCGCUGACUGUGACGUCAUAGCUGCACCCCGCCGCAGUAUAAAGGCUCUGACAGAUUGCCUGGGAGACACAUUAGAGGCAACGCUGCUCGGCUGAUGCGCGGAGUGAUCUGGACGACUCGCGGAGGAAAACGCAAAGUUGAGAGAGGGACGUGCGACACUGCAGACUUUAUGGGAACUAACUGAACAGUCACAUUUCUACUUUAUAUGGAAAGCAGGAAGCAGAAAAACUACCUGUGGAGAUGGGAAGCACAACCCCCUCUCAGUACCUCAAUGGGAGUGCAGAGAUCAAGUCGUCCUCAGACCCAGCCAUGCCCGAGGAGGCUUACAGUGAGGUAACAAUGAUCCUGCUGGGUGGGGUCAUGUCCUUACUGGUCCUGUGCAUCGUGUUCGGUAACAUCCUGGUCAUCACAGCCAUCGGCCGCUUCCAGCGCCUCCAGAACGUCACCAACUGCUUCAUCACGUCGCUGGCCUGCGCCGACCUGGUCAUGGGCCUCGUCGUGAUCCCCUUCGGGGCCUGUCACAUCAUCUUCAAGACGUGGUACUUCGGGAGCUUCUGGUGCGAGUUCUGGACCGCCACGGAUGUGCUCUGCGUGACGGCGAGCAUCGAGACCCUGUGCGUCAUAGCUAUUGACCGCUACCUGGCCAUCACCUCCCCCUUCCGGUACCAGUCGAUGCUGACCAAGUGCAAGGCUCGCAUUGUGGUCGUGCUGGUGUGGGUGAUCGCCGCCUUGAUAUCCUUCCUGCCCAUCCACAUGAAGUGGUGGAAGUCCGACGACGAGAAGGCCAAGCAGUGCACCGAGGACAUUCACUGCUGCGAGUUCUACACCAACAUGGCCUACGCCAUCACCUCCUCCAUCAUCUCCUUCUACAUCCCCCUGAUCAUCAUGGUUUUCGUCUACAGCCGCGUUUUCCAGGAGGCCCGGCGCCAACUGAAGAAGAUUGACCAAAGCGUUGGACGUUUCCACGACAACAGCAACCUCAAGCCCCCGGAGGCCACGAAUGGGCGAGCCCAGAAGAAGGCCAAGUUCUGCCUGCGGGAGCACAAGGCCUUAAAGACCCUGGGCAUCAUCAUGGGGAUUUUCACUCUCUGCUGGCUGCCCUUCUUUCUGCUCAACGUGGUGGUGGCGAUAUGGUCGGUGGACUUUCAGCUCACCUUUCGGAUACUGAACUGGAUCGGUUACGCAAACUCGGCCUUCAACCCUAUGAUAUACUGUCGAAGUCCCGAGUUCAGGUAUGCCUUUAAGGAGAUCCUUUGCAUAAAGAGGACCCGCCUUAGCAACGCCGGCCCCGUGAACGGAUACGUCUACAGCAGGCACAGCUGGCAGAGUGAGCAGCAAGGGAGGAAUAAGAGCAACUCAGAGGACUCCGAUCACAAUGAAGGAUGUCUGGCGAAAGACGCGGGAGCCUGCGGUGUUGUGGACAGAUCAGUGGACCCUAAUGGGAAUUGCAGCAAAGGCCUAACAACUGUAACAACCGUCCUUUAGAGCCCUAGGACUUCUGUAACCGGGGCAAUCCUCACACGUUUACACGCUAUCAUAAACUUUUUCCAAAUUGACUAAUGUAAGGUAAGGCCAGCUGAGCUGACUGGCACAGUCUCUGGAGGCUGCAUGGCCACGGUCAAACACAGUGAAUAGACACUGCAGGUAGAUACCGUCUCUUUUUGUUACAGUACAUUAAUCAUAUUGAUUUCACAUCUACCUCAUCACGUCUUUAUUCACUCGAAUAAAUGGCCUGCGGUUUAUACAAGUUGCUAUUUAACGGGCUGAAAUUUAAAAAAAAUGUGGGAUUGAGUUAUCAUGGAGAGAUCCCAAACAGUAAUUUAUUUCUGUCAGCAACUGUUAGGAAUCAAACCGUGAUGCCUCAUUGGUUUGUUCAUCAAAGAAAUACAUUCCAAAAGCAGCCAGGAUUAUAAUUUGGUUGAAUCCAGCCCCUGGUCAUUUUUGAGUUUGUGCAUCUGUAGGACGAUCGGCAGCAGGUGUGAUGGAACCCGUUCUCCGGCGUCUCGCUGCUCAGAUAUGCUGAGGCCCCGCCACCGCUCUGGUGUGUUUUUCAGCCUGUUGCGUGGGACUUUCUGUUGUCAGCAGAUAGCGCCGGAGCGUUCGCACGUAUCGCAGCUGCACCGGCGCAAGCUGAGACGCUCGCGGGGGUUAUCCCCAGUUAAUCAUAUGAUAAAGCUCAAAGCCAGCUGUUGUCAGCCGGGUCCUGAUAUCGUAUAUCUUUAGGUGCAAAGUCGUUAAAGCCUGGAGCUGUUACAUGCAUCUCAUUGCACUUUUCGAAUGUUUUCAACUGCACAUCGCGUAGACUGCUACUGUUUUGUUUGACACACUAUCAGCUCUUCCUUGACCUCUCUAUGUACCAGCGGCAGCAGCGGCGACAGGAUUUCCAGCUGUUGCACAAAACCGUGUUUAUUUAUUAAAAUUUGUGCGUGCUGCGUCCAGUGUUUAUUGAAACUAGAGAAACCAUUUGCUCGAGACAUGGCACAAGUGUACGAACCACAUAUAAUAAUAAACAGUGCAUCAAAAUAGCCGAGUGAUAACAAAGUCCCAGGCCCGAGAUGCACUGGCGCUGACUGUUCACGCAGAUAAACAAAUUUCUCCUGGUGCACCUUUGUCACGGCUUCGUCAUUUCCCAGAGUUCCUGUGCCGUUGAAACUGCGUCUUCACGGCAUUCGGACAAGACGCUAGGAAGCGCUCAGAGGAGGGUCUCAUCUGUUCCAGCUGUUGCAGUCAGUCUCCCUUAAAGACCUCUCGGUGUGCAGUGUCCAUAAAACGUCUCAAUCCAGCUGAGCCCAGGCCAAUAAAACCAAAUUAAUCCAUUAUCUCUGCUGUGUAGCUGACGAAUCAGAAGCCUCCCUUAUCAUAUUACAAAGUAUAUAGUUGCCCAUGUGGAGAUUGUGAUGACCCUUUUUUAUCACCUGACUAAAGGUCACAAGCUCUUGGGAAUGUCGCUUUUUUCACCUAAGCAGCAUUAAUGGACAAUGAGCACUUAGCUUGCGGGGCUUUAGCUGUAAAUGUCACCCCACUGCUCGCACACACAACGGUUUGCCGGUUCUUUGCUAACAGAGGUGUUGCUUCGGCUGAAGGUUGGCCUUCCCCUGUAUGUUCUGAUCAAAGUGACAGCACGCUAAAUGUGUCUACUGGAGGCUCGGGGGGGGGGUUCUCUGCCAGUCUAAAUCGGUGUUGGUGACCCGCGUUUUAGUGCAUGUGGCACUGCCUCCGGGAGUGAAGGUCAGCUGACAUCGUCAAAACUGUGAACUUUGUCCCCUCAGAGUAAUCACGAUGUACUGUAUGUCUGGGUUUAGUCUGCACUGUUACCUUAGUUGUAGUGGUAAAUAUGGUGUCACUGUGCGUUUCCAUGGAUUUACAGCUGGCUGUGGUAAGAAAUAUCCUCUCAGCGUUUUCUCUGUACAGCAUGAAGGCGCAUAGACGGUUCCCAGACCAAGAUAUCGAUGUUGCACUUUCUAUGGCUUCUUUUCGACGGCGCCCUUGCUGCUGGACUCUAAAAGCUCCGCGUUCGAAGCACUUGAUGAUGUGACAUUUGCAUGUUUGCAGCUACGUGUGUGGCGACGUGUUCGUGUGGAGCAGCGUUUGAACUGAAUAUCCACACUGCUCCCUCCUGGCAGUGGCUUCUCCUUGCACCUCACAUCAGCUGUCUCAAUGUGAUUCGCUUCAUCGAUGCUCCAUUACAGUAAGGAAUGUAAUUCUCACCCGCACCUGCCAGUGCUGGAGGACACAACACAGUAAUGUGCCACAAGUCUUAAAUGAUUAGCUGACUCGUCAACAUUCCAGAUAUAUAUGAUGCUUUGGAACCAUAUGCAGAUGGACACAUAUUAACCAUUGUAACCACAGGUGCAGACACACAGUGUAAAUGAUCAAACCAUGUCAAGAAUUGACACAUUUCAUUGUGAUCCAGUGCUGUUGGCAUCUCAAUAGAAAAGUCACUUUGUCCAACAGCAGCUCCUCUGUGACUCAGAUUAGGUUAAAGCAGUACUCUAUAGCACUUUCAAUAAAUGUCUGUUGUGUGUUUAAAAUGAAUGACUCCACAAUUGAGUUCACAACCUAUGACUGAGUAACGUCUAGAUAAUGAUGGAAGUCUGCAUCGCUGCAGACUCUCACUAAAGACGUCCAGGAAGGUGGACUUUCUCUCAUAAGUUGAUGUAUGUAAAUGUGAAUUUUCUACAUCACACAAGGUAAAUAGUGCUUCACCUUUCAUACCUACGAGUAAACUUCAUGUGAACGUCUUUCGUUGCCACGGUGACAGCGCCGCCACUAAGCUCAAUGUUUACUAAAUGUUCGCAAGCUACUUUCGCACAAGUUCAGUCACUGUUGGUUGAGGUGAUGACGCCUGUUACAACAUGUGGUGUUCUGUAGGUAUUUAUGGAAAAUCAGUUGUGUAUGUGCUGUAAUAUUUGUAUUGAAAUAAAUGAUGUACUGGUGCAUGUGA